AUGAGUACUAGUCAAUUAACAAACCAUACCGAUCCAAAAACUCCUAGAGCCACCAUGCUUUGCUGCGAAUGUGGUACUCCAAUUGAUGGUUCUCAGGGACUGGUUAUGUGUUACGAUUGUAUAAAAUUGAGAGCUGAUAUCACCAAAGAUAUCCCUAGAGAAGCAAACGUUUCCUUUUGUAGAGACUGUGAAAGGUGGCUUCAACCUCCAGGACAGUGGGUUAGAGCUAAUCUAGAGUCAAGAGAGUUAUUAGCAAUUUGCUUAAGACGUCUAAAGGGCUUGAAUAAAGUCAGAUUGAUUGAUGCAUCAUUUAUAUGGACUGAACCUCACUCAAGACGUAUCAAAGUCAAGGUUACUGUCCAAGGGGAGGCUAUGAUGAACACGAUCAUCCAGCAAACAUUCGAAGUUGAGUACGUAGUUGUAGCUAUGCAAUGUCGGGAUUGUGCGAGGUCCUUUACAGCCAACACAUGGAAGGCUACCGUACAGAUCAGGCAAAAAGUUCCUCAUAAAAGAACUUUUCUUUAUUUGGAACAGUUGAUUUUGAAAAAUAAUGCUCAUGUCGAUACUAUUUCUAUCAAAGAAGCCAAAGAUGGGUUAGAUUUCUUUUAUGAGCAAAAAAAUCAUGCAGUGAAGAUGGUCGAUUUUUUGAAUUCAAAUGUUCCAGUUAAGUUUAAAAAAUCAGAGGAAUUAGUUUCCCAGGACUCACAUACAGGCACUUCAUCUUACAAAUUUUCAUAUUCAGUUGAACUUGUACCAAUCUGUAAAGAUGAUUUAGUAGUCCUACCAAAGAAAAUCUCUAAAGCUUUAGGUAACAUUUCUCAGUUUGUUCUUUGUUCUAAAGUCUCUACCACAGUUCAAUUUUUGGACCCAACUACUUUACAGACUGCAGAUCUAUCUGCUCAAGUUUACUGGAGGACACCAUUCAGUGCAUUGGCUGACGUUUCUCAGUUAGUAGAGUUUAUCGUCCUUGAUGUGGAACUAACCAAUAAAUCUGCUGGAAACCGUGUGCUUGCAGACGUUACCAUUGCUAGAGCUUCUGAUUUAGGUGUGAAUGAUCAAGAAUAUUAUGUUAAAACUCAUCUUGGUGGUAUUUUGCAUGCUGGUGAUAGUGUCAUGGGUUAUUUUAUUGCGAACUCUAACUAUAAUUCUGAUUUAUUUGAUAGUUUGAAAUAUGAUUACGUUCCAGAUGUCGUUUUAGUCAAGAAAUUGUAUCCAAAGAAGGCUAAGAAGAGUAGAAAUUGGAAAUUGAAGAGAAUGGCUAAGGAACAUGGCGAUAUUGUAGCAUCUCAUGAUUACACUAGUUCUAAAGUUGAAAAACAAGAAAUGGAACGUGCUGAAAAGGAUUAUGAAUUAUUCUUAGAACAAUUGGAAGAAGAUGAAGAUUUAAGACAUAAUGUUAACUUGUAUAAAACCGGCAUGGCAAAUCAAGAUAUUGAAGGCGAAGAGGAAAAUGAAUUUUCUGAUGAUGAAGAAGCCCCAAAGGUUGAUGUUGAUGAGCUGUUAGACGAGUUAGAUGACUUAGCUUUGGACGAAGAAGCAGAAAUCGAAGAACAAGAUUAA